CCUUGGCAACCCGAGCGUCCGCUGAACAGGCUGAGUAUACCUGCGGAAAAUGCACAGCGCCCGUCCGGGCUGGGGGCAGCGCGACUACCCACGGAGGGCUCUGGCUUCCUGAAUGUGGCUCUGAGCACCUGCUGCCUUCCCGUCAGAGCCCUGCCUGCCCCGGAUCAGUGAUGGGGUGCUUCUGCGCGGUCCCGGAGGAAUUUUAUUGUGAAGUUUUACUGCUGGAUGAAUCCAAGCUGCCACUUACCACCCAGCAGCAAGGGGUGAAGAAGUCCACGAAAGGCUCUGUUGUCCUGGACUACGUAUUCCGUCACCUAAACCUUGUGGAGAUAGAUUACUUCGGACUGCGUUACUGUGACAGAAAUCAUCAGACGUACUGGCUGGAUCCCGCAAAGACUAUUGCCGAACACAAAGACUUGAUCAACACUGGACCUCCUUAUACACUUUAUUUUGGUGUAAAGUUUUAUGCAGAAGAUCCUUGCAAAUUAAAAGAAGAAAUAACUAGGUAUCAGUUCUUUUUGCAAGUGAAGCAAGAUGUUUUGCAAGGUCGUUUACCCUGUCCAUCUAAUAUUGCUGCUCAACUUGCAGGAUACGCUAUCCAAUCUGAACUGGGUGACUAUGAUCCAUUUAAGAAUCUUCCGGGCUACGUAUCAGAGUACAGAUUUGUGCCUGACCAGAAGGAGGACCUAGAAGAGGCCAUUGAGCGAAUACACAAAACCUUAAUGGGACAGGUUCCUGCUGUAUCAGAGUUAAAUUAUUUGGGAGUUGCCAAAUGCCUUGAAAUGUAUGGAGUUGAUCUUCAUCCAGUUUAUGGCGAAAAUAAUUCUGAAUACUUUUUAGGGCUUACCCCUGUGGGUCUGGUUGUAUACAAGAAUAAAAAGCAAGUGGGGAAAUAUUUUUGGCCUAGGAUAACAAAGAUACAUUUCAAAGAGACACAGUUUGAACUGCGAGUCAUUGGAAAAGAUUGCACUGAAACCUCUUUCUUUUUUGAAACGAGAAGCAAAGUGGCUUGCAAACAUCUGUGGAAGUGCUGCGUGGAACACCACACGUUCUUCAGGAUUCCAGACAAUGAUUCCAGCACCCUAUCGCGAAAGCUCAGUAAACUUGGCUCCCUAGGAUCACGGCAUCGGUACAGUGGAAGGACUGCUUUCCAAAUGAGCAGGGACCUCUCUAUUCAGCUGCCCAGGCCUGACCAAAGAGUAGAGAGAAGUCGAAGUAAAACGUAUCCGAAAAGGAGUACGCUCACGCAGCAGCCAGGUUCAAUCAAUGGAGAACAAGUGAUGACGAACAUGGAAAGUGGGGAAAAUGAAGGAACCACCAAAAUUAUUGUACCCUCUCCGGUUAAAAGCUCCAAAAAAGCCAAACGUGAUAACAGCCCAGAUACCCAAAGAAGUAAAACAAGUGCACCCUGGGAAGAAAAUGGUUCUACUAGUGGGCUUUACAAUUCUCCCAGUGACCGCAAUAAAUCACCAAAGUUUCCAACACCUCGGAGGCGCAACCAGUCGGGUAGUGACAAUGAGUCAGGACCACCUAUACGGAGGAAAGGACAACACAGUGGUGAGGAUUCAGAUCUAAAGCACAGGAGGAGAUCCCGAUCACGUUGUAAUACCAGCAGUGGUAGUGAGUCGGAAAACUGCAUCAGAGAGCAUCGGAAAAAGAGAAACAGGUUACGGCAGGAAAAUGACAUGGUUGAUUCUGCCCCUCAGUGGGAAGCCGUUUUAAGAAGACAGAUGGAGAAGAAUCAGAAUGAGCCCAACUACCGAAGAUCCAGGCACCGGUCACGAUCGAGAAGCCCGGAUGUUCAAGCAAAAGAAGAACUGUGGAAACAUAUUCAGAAGGAACUUGUUGAUCCCUCAGGCUUAUCUGCAGAACAAUUAAAGGAAAUUCCAUACAUGAAAAUAGAGACCCAAGGGGACCCUAUCCGAAUCCGGCACUCGCACUCUCCACGCAGCUUCCGCCAGUAUCGGAGGUCCCAGUGUUCUGAUGGGGAGAGAUCAGUCCUUUCGGAAGUCAAUGUGAAAAACGACCUAGUGCCUCCUCUGCCUGUGACACGUGCCUCAGACACCCAUUGUCUCAGUGGGACUUCUUCUCACCAGAGAAGGACAGGAUCCAAGGACAGCCUGAUUGAAGCUAACGUUUCUCCUCACGGCAGGGAUGGGAAACAUAAUGUAAAGACAGUGAAAACCAUACAGGCCUCACGCCUAACGGCAGAAACUUGAUUUCAUUUAGAGAUAGGGAGGUUCCUUGGACUAUGAAGACAUUGACUAGGGACCCGCUCUAACAACAUUGUUCUUAUACAAAUUCUAUGUUGAAUUGUAGGACAUCGCCUUGGACUUUAAAUUAUUGAUGCCGAUUGGGCAAUGCAUAGUAGUUAUGGACUUUUUAUACAAUGUGCUUCAAGCCACUCAGUCCUUUGCAAACAUCCAGUAAUAUUUGUGGAAAUGCAAGUAUUUAUGUAUUCCAACUGCGGAGGAAAAGAUUAAAACAAGAAUCUUUGUGUCAUGUACAUCACCGCCGGUGUUGCAGUGGAAGAUACACUAUCGCCAUGUAUGCUGCUUCCCUUUCCAAUUGCACCAUGGGGCGUUGUGUUAGCCAAUGGAAUUCCUCUGUUUAAUGUUUAAAUACGAAGUCUGAAUUCUGAAAAGAAAGCUAAUCACAGUAAGCACCAUUGUUUCAAGCAUUAGAAGAUGGACUGUACACCGGUUGUUUAGCACUCUACUGCUAGGUUUUAGUUGCUCCAAAAAUGCUUCAUGUACCAUGUGAAAUUUGUAAAACUGGAUUUUUUCUUCAUUAAAUGUUUUUUUCUUCUUUUA